AUGCGUGCCUGGGUUCGUCCCUAUCGCGGCCCGGCAAAAAUCCUCCAACUGUCCGACGUGCCCACACCAGCUGUCCCGCCAUCAUCAUCCUCAGACGUCCUCAUUCGCGUAUCUCACGUCUCCCUAACCUACAACACCGAGCUCAUCAUGAAAAUCAUCCCAAACACACCGCUCACGAGGCCCUGGAUUCCCGAAAUCGAAUUCUCAGGCGACGUCAUCGCCGCCGGCACAAAGGCACCGCCCGAAGUCCGCGACCCCGGCGUGAAGGUCUUUGGCUGCGAAAGUGUUUGGAAUUACGCCAUGGGACACGGCGUGCUAGCCGAGUACGUAUGUGUUCCUGGUAGCAAUGUGGUGCGUGCUAGCGAUGAGAUUGACAUGGCGUCGGCAUCUGGGAUUAAUGGGUGCGGGAGCUGUGCGUUAAAGAUUUGUCGGACGGCUGGCGUUGAAGAGGGCCAUGUUGUUUUGGUCAAUGGGGCUAGCGGGUCGGUCGGGUCUGUUCUUGUGCAGCUAUGUAAGUUUAGAGGGGCAAAGGUUGUUGGUGUUGCGAGUGGGAGGAAUGAGGAGAUGGUUCGUGGACUUGGUGUUGACGAGUUCGUUGACUAUCGCAAACAUGACUCACUACCGGCUUAUAUGGCUAGUCAAUAUGGGGAUAAACCAUUCGACUUCAUACUAGACUGCGUCGGCACGCAGGCGCUUUACGCAAAUUCAUCCGCUUAUCUUAAGCCCGAAGGCGCUUUGAUCAAUGUUGGUUUACUUGAGGGUAUCUUUACGACGACAUUCAACGUCCUGGCAAAUACGUUUCUGCCUCAGUGGCUGGGUGGCGUGCCACGUCGUUAUAUCACGUUUAGCACACCGCCGACUCGCGAUGCCGCGGUUUACAUGGCGGAAUUGGUGAGGCAGGGUCAUAUUCGUAUUCCCGUUGACUCGGUCUAUGAUAUGGAGGAUGCCAUUGCGGCGUACGAGCGGGUGGCAACUCAGCGUGCUAGGGGCAAGGUUGUUAUCAAGGUGCGAAGUGAUUAG